CGUGAAACGUGAUAACAGCGGAUCCAAGAGCUUACCCGCGUGAUUUCAGAGUUCCUACAGAGUAGACUUCAGUCAACACGAGUUUCAAAAGAUGAACUACUGCCCCGAAAGACCAGCUAAAGUUAAACUGAGUACUUUUAAAGUUACCAUCACGCCUCACUUCACAGCUAAACACGAGGCCAGUCAUCUCUCCAUCCACCUCAGUCUCCAGAGCCCCAAUUGCACCACCCACCACCCGCUCUUUCUCUUCGAAACCUACUACGGUAACGUUCCUGCUAAUCCAUUUACCGAAGGGGAUAUAACAGCCUCUGAUGCCGCUGGCCCUUUGCCUCUUUACUUCACCAACUCGACCGAGAAUCCAGAGGGGCCGGACCAGGAAUGGCGCGUAAACCGGGAUACUAUAGGAGAUAUCCAAUUGAAAUUCAGCGUUUCUCCCCGACAUGUGGAUAUCAAGACUCCGAUCGGCCCCCGUGUGGAUCUUCGCAGGGAUCAAGGUGGUUUAAUCGGCAAUGGCCGGUAUUUUUUACCUCGUCCGGCACAAAAGGAUCAGAUGUACCACUAUAUCGUGACGUGGGAUAUCGCCCGCGCGCCAGCCGGGACACGCGCCGUGUGGUCGUUCGGCGAGGGGACCGCGGGGUCGGUGACGAAGAUCGGGGAUGCAAUGGUCAUCGCCAACUCAGUCUUCAUGGUGGGGCCAAUUCACAGUUAUCCUAACGGCAGCACUCAGAGUAUUGCUUCCGCUACUAUGAACGAUGAUGAUAUGGGGUGCAUUGCUCUCGCAAGGAACUCUGUCUCUGUGGCUGGUAAUCAAAAGAUUAUCGCUGCCCCAAGCACCACUCAAGUGUUCUGGUUCGGCACGCUGCCGGAUAAUCUUUGGCGACUGAAUCAGUACAACAUCCAACUAUUCCCAAGACUAGCAGCGUUCUUUCGCAGUGACGAGAACACCUCAUAUCGAAUUUUCAUUCGACGGGUGGUUCGUGGAUUUGGCGGGCACUCAUGCCUCGAUAGCUACGUCCUUGAGUAUGACCAAGACAGCUGGAAGGAGGCGGACGAGGAGCUUGUGGCUUUGUUCUCACACGAGAUGAUUCAUAGCUUUGUGAUGAUGGGACCAGAGCCAGAUGGGUAUGAUAACGGAUGGUUUACUGAGGGGCUUGCACAGUUUUACUCUGCUUUUCUUCCAUAUCGGUUUGGACUCCGCGGGGAAGACUAUCUGCGCAACAGACUGAAUGCGUCGCUGAGUGCUUAUGGAACCAGUCCGCGGAUUGGAAUGGAUAUACUUGAUUCGCAGAAGGAGUUUUAUAACGACUGGUAUGCGGAGUUGAUUCCAUAUAUGCGUGGAUGUGCCUAUCUUCUUCAGAUUGACAGUCGGCUACGAAAAAGAACAGGAAGUUUUUCGUCACAUCAGAACAGUCCAAUGGACGAGAUCGUUAUUGAUAUGGCAAAACGCUGGCGGAACGGGGUUCAGCUUCAGGCUAGGGACUGGCUAAGUUAUCUAUACCCAUAUCUCGGAGAGCAUAUGGCACAGGAACUACAGGAUAUGCUCAGGGGUAAAGUCCUGGAUAUGCGCGAGACUAUUAUUAUUCAUAAAAACUGGACCCUUAGUCCUACAGAGCAAGAGAUUUUGGAAUUUGGAUUUGCCUUGUCGAGUAUUAACAAGCGAAUAAUUUGCGGGUUGAUUCCGGGAUCACGAGCGGCAUACGCCGGAUUGGAGGACGGACUUCCACUUCUCUCUAUAUCUCGCGCGGGUCGGUGCUCUGGUUCUCUCUCUGAGAAUAUGGACUUGAUAAUUAGAAAGAAGGGGGGAGCAAAAGUACAUAUCUCUUAUUGGCCGCGAUCUUUUGACAAGGCAAGGGUCUGGCAAUUGCUGUAGCUAUAAGGCGACCGAAGCUUGAUCGUCACGAGAAUGUCAGUCCCAUGCUCCUUACUACAGCACUCAUUCAGGUUGCAUGAAUCAUAUUCAUAUGCUUCCGGAAAUAUGGCUACUUGAGAGCUU